UGGAGCCUUAAUUAGCUGUAUCCACAUACUCAUAUUGACUUCCAGAUUCCCUAGAAGAAGCUUCCUCUUCAAUCUCAUUAUACCUGGUCCUUUUGGGAUCUCAUGUUAUUGGAUUGACUUUCACAUAAUCCAUCCAUUUUCUCACAACCAGCACAAUAUCUUCAUCAUUCAUUGAUUGAUUUGCAAGAUAGAUUAAUUCAGUCUUCUCAAUGGCUGGUGUUCUGGAUACUACUUCCAGCACUUACCGGUGUCAUUAUCAUGCCUUCUUGAGUUUCAGGGGCGAAGAUACACGCAAGGGCUUUAGUGAUCAUCUCUAUAGAGCUUUGGAGUUGGCAGGAAUUCACACUUUCAGAGAUGAUGAUGAAAUUGAGAGAGGAGCAAAUAUAGCUACAGAGCUACAUAAAGCUAUACAUGAGUCACGAGUAGCCAUAAUAGUCUUCUCUAAUGACUAUGCUUCCUCAAGUUGGUGCUUGGACGAACUUACCAAGAUCAUGGAACGUAAAAGGACCGAUGGAUACAUGGUAGUGCCAGUUUUCUAUAAGGUGGAUCCAUCUGUUGUUAGGUGGCAGAUUAGGAGUUUUGCAGAUGCAUUUGCCAAACAUGAAAAGCGCUUCAAGGAGGAGAUCGGCAAGGUGGACAAGUGGAGAAAAGCUCUUAAAGAUGUAGCCGAUCUAGGAGGGAUGGUCUUAGGAGAUCAGUACGAAUCACAGCUCAUCCAAAAUAUUGUUGACGAGAUUGAAAAAAAAAUGGAUCCCGUUACAUUAAAUGUUGCUCCAUAUGCUGUUGGAAUAAAUGCUCGUGUGGAAGACCUCAACAUGUGGUUAAGAGAUGGAUCAGUUGAUGUUGGUGCGGCUGGCAUCUACGGGAUGGGUGGAAUUGGCAAGACCACUAUUGCUAAAGCUGCUUAUAAUCUGAACCGGGAUAGAUUUGAAGGAAGAAGUUUUCUUGCAGAUGUUAGAGCAACUACAGAACAACCUAAUGGUUUGGUUCGCUUGCAGAGGAACCUUCUUUCAGAUAUUCAAAGGAGAAAAACAAAAAAGAUAAACAGCGUGGAUGAAGGUACAAGCAAAAUCAAGAAUGUUGUAUGCUGCAAAAGAGUACUUAUUGUUCUUGAUGAUGUGAACGACUUGGACCAGUUCAAUGCGAUUCUUGGAAUGCGAGAGUGGUUUCAUCCAGGAAGCAAGAUUAUCAUAACAACUAGAGAUAAACACUUGUUAACGGCCACUGGGGUUUCUAACAUGUUCAUGGUUCCAGAAUUGGAUGAGCAUGAAUCACUUCAGCUUUUCAGUUGGCAUGCCUUCAGACAAGCUCAUCCUAUCGAAGGCUACAUGGAGGUUUCAGCACUCAUAGUAAAACACUGUGGAGGGCUACCGUUAGCCCUCCAAGUUCUGGGGUCUUCUCUAUUUGGAAAAAGUGUACAUGUAUGGUACAGUACAUUAGAGAAGUUAGAUGUGGUUCCUGAUAGCAAAAUUCAAAGAAUUCUUAGAAUAAGCUACGAUUAUCUACAAGAUCAUCAUGACAAAACUUUAUUCCUUCAUAUAGGAUGUUUCUUCAUAGGAAAGAAGAGAAACUUGACAUUUACAGUACUGGACAACCUUGAGUUUUUCACAGCAAGUGGAGUUCAAAAUCUAGUUGAUAGAUGUCUACUGCAAAUUAAUGACGGCAGGUUGAUGAUGCAUCAAUUAAUCAGAGACAUGGGAAGAGGAAUUGUUCGCGAAGAAUCAGUUGAGGACCCUGGAAAACGUAGUAGAGUGGCGCAAAAAGAUGCCUAUGAUAUUUUGAAAAACGCAUCGGGCACGCAAACUAUCAAGGGUCUCUUGCUCAACCUUUCUAUGCUAAUGGAUGGUAUGUCUUCCAAUCAGUGGUGGCUACGGAGAGUUUCCAAAACACUAAUAUGGUUGUCUUGGCAAGGGUUCCCCAUGAAAUCAAUACCAGCCGAUUUUUGUUUGAAAAAUCUAGUUGCUCUUGAGUUGAAGCAUAGCAUCCUGCAAGUUGUAUGGAAGGAAACCAAGUUUUUUCCAGCAUUGAAAAUCCUUGAUCUCAGUCAUUCACAGGGUCUUGUUAGAACCCCAGACUUGUCCGGACUCCCAAACCUUGAGAGAUUAAUUCUUAAGGAUUGCAUAAAUAUUGUCGAGAUUGAUGAAUCCAUCGGAGAACUUCAGAAACUUGUAUUCUUGAAUCUAAAAGACUGCAAAAAUCUCUUGAAGCUUCCAAGAAGAAUUAUCAUGUUGAGAUCUCUUCAUGAGCUAAUCCUUUCUGGCUGCUCAAAGCUUGGUGAUACGGAGAAACUCGGUCUUUUAUCAAAUAAACCAUGGCUAUCAAUCUGUUCGUGGGUAUCACCAAGAAAAAGUCUUGAAGCAACCAGCAGCUUCUCGUUGGCAUAUUUGCCACGGUCUUUAGGAAGCUUAAGUCUGGCUGGUUGCAAUCUAUCAAAGAUUUCCGAUGAUAUUAGUGUUCUGUCCUCGUUAAAGCAUCUGGAUAUAAGUGACAACCCAAUGCUAAGUCUUCCAGAGAGCAUAAAGACUCUUACUAUGCUCGACACUCUUUUCUUUGGAGACUGCACCAAGCUCAAAAUGCUUCCAGAGCUCCCACCAAGUUUAAGUACUUUGCAUGCAGAAGGUUGUACAUCGUUGAGAAAAGUUACGAACUUACCAAACUUUUUCAUAUCCCUACAACCAUAUCUUACGGAUUGCAAAGAAUUAGCUGAAGUUCAAAGCUUAUUCACUAUAAAACCAUUGAGAAGCAUCGACAUACAGAUGAUAAAAUAUAUGGGUCUGUACAAUUUGGAAUCCACUGAAAGCAUUGAAGUCGAAAUGAGCAAUCACCUGACAGAUACAAACAAGACAGGUCCACUCCAGGGACUCUAUGAAUGUGGAAUAUUUAGCAUUUUCCUUCAUGGAAGCACAAUUCCUGACUGCUACACCUACAGAAGCAUGGGUGAUUCAGUGUUGUCUAUAACUGUUCCUUCCCAUCUUAAGCUUAAGAUCCGAGGCUUAAAUGUAUGUAUUCUAUAUGCACUAGGCCCAUGCCAGCACCUUAAAGUCAGUAAUGACACGAAGGGUCUUAUGUGGACAUACUGCCCCGUCACUGUUGGUGUUCCUAAAGAGGAUGGACUGAUGCUAUGGCUAAGUCAUUGGCUGUUUGAGAACCAUGAGUUGGAGGCUGGGGAUGAAUUACGUGUCUCGGUGCAUAAUGGAGCUAUAUUCUUUGACCCUCUUGGUCAUCGAGACGUUCUUCCAGCAAAGGAAUUUGGAAUCCAACUUGUGUAUGAAUCGGAAAAUAAGGACGUCCGAUCCAAAAGUGAAGAUAUUACGGUACAACUUGAAGCGCCUUAUUGGAGUUACAAUAUUGUUACUGGGAAUGGAUCAUUGUCAGCAUCAAAGUAUCAAAUGUGGACAGGCAAAUACUUUCUUUGCAAUUAUAUUUACAAUAUGCGUCAGAUUCAUUUCAGAAAUUGCGAGGAGAAUCCAGCUCAUCUUGAUUUUUCAUAUGAGCCCAAAGAUCGUUUGAGUGGAUAUUGCCGUCAUUUAUUUGAGCACACUCACUUUCACAAGAAAAAAUUUGAGUUUGUAUUGAAUCUCUUUGUUUAGGUACACAGGAUUGGCCUCCAUUACUUGACAUUAACACCGUGGCAAAGACAGUUUUUCUUUGUCAUAUCACUCAUAUGUAUAUUUCUGAUUUCUGAAGAUGGAAUUUCAUCUUUGCUUGAUGCAAUAUUUGCUGUCUUGAAAUGUUCUCCUUGGAAGAUUUGAGUACUUGUAAUGGCGGUGUUUUGUGCUUGUAGGAGUGGCAGUUUCAGACACAACUGAAACCAACAUCAAGUUCAGUGGAU